GACAUUGCCGGGGCCACUAACUGCAGCCCCAGAGACGGCACUAACCGCAGCGCCAGAGACUGUAGCUCCAGUGGCCGCAUCGGUGGCGCCCCCCGUGUUGAAGCAGCCGCCGUGGCUGAAGGCGCUGGACGUGAAGGGUCCGAUUGCGCCGUGCCCGAUAAGCGUGCGCGUGGUGGAGAUCAAAGAGGGGCGUCGCCUGUGGUUACUGGAGCCGCCGGUGCUCGAGCCGGUGCCGUCGCCUCCCCGGAUAGCACUCCCUACUUUGAAGCACUCCAAGCCUGGAUCUGCGUCGCCACUGGUUUUCGAACCGGGACCCUCGCCUCCGCGGACGGUGACGAUCACCACUGCGCGCGGCGGCCCUGCUCGCGGCGGUCUGCGCCCUGGUGGCGUGGGUUGCGAUGGGGCUGUGCAGCCGGGAGCACCAGAGCGGGGUGUGGCUUCUUCGGCGGAGACUGCCAUGAAGACAGAGUUGGCGUCGCCGUGGCGGAAGUGGGCCGAGCGUUACUGGGAGUGUUUGAAGGAGAAUGCGUACCGAACGUUGCGGAGGUCGACCGUACGUUUGGUGUCAGCGGGUCGUUUGUACACGCCUUCCCUGUGUUGGCCGACGCAGUUGAGUUUGAACUGCGAGGUGUUUGAAAGUGAGUACGCGGCGUACCGGGCGUUGCAUGCGUUGUUGACGGAGGUGGAGUGGCGUAGGCUGAGUGACGUGAAGGAGAAGGCGUUUGCCACCUGCAACCCGCGCUACGUGGAGUUGGCAGCAGUGAUUGGGAUGUUCUACGACGACCCCUUCGGUUCCGUGACUACAAGGGUCAAAGAGCUUGCCGCCGACUAUGCAAAUGUGCGAAGCGACGAACGCCUCGCACGCCGUUGGAGCCGCGCGCGCCUGAAUGCGUGGAUCAACGGCUGUCUCCUCCAGUGCGCGCGAGUCCCCGAAGAACGCCUCAAGCAGUUCUGUCUUCGAACCCUCCUGUACAAACCUGCCGCUAACCGACUCAUAUAUCAGUGCUACUCGCGCUACAGCGUCUCUGCCGAGCAGUACUGGGAACGGAGUGCACAGAAAUCUGAUGAGCUCUUCUCAGCCAUGCUCAACGCCCUGCCCCCCAUACAAAGCCCCGAGGGCCAAAUGAGCGCAGCUGAAUACGCACGGAUGUCGAACGACCGACGCCAACAUGUCGUCUACUCGUGGCGCACCGGCUUCGCCUUCACCACGACCCGACCCUCACGCGUUCGAGCCUCCGGUGGAGCCCUCGACCUGCGCUUGUUCCGCGGCCCCAUCGCGUCCUCGAGGCGAUCGCCGCCGCCCCUGGACCUCACCGCCAUCGCGCAAGCCGUCGCGCGAGACCUGCGCCUGAACGAAGAAACGACUCCCCUUCUGGACGAAGAACCGGCCCCACCUCUGGACGAAGAACCGGCCCCGCCUCUAGACGAAGAACCGGCCCCACCUCUGGACGAAGAACCGGCUCCGCGUCUGGACGUUGUUGACCACAUGGACACCGACCGCGUGGACACCGAUCGCAUGGACACCGACCUAGAUGCUGAGUCCCUGGAAACCGACCUUGCCAGUGACCGCAUGGAAACCGAUUCUGAUUUCCUGGAUUCCGACUUUGGACACUCGAAUUCGGAGUGCAGAGACGCGGAUACAGAGAGCACGGACAGCGACACAUGGAGAAGGAACUCCCCAGCAGCAAGCGUAUGGUGGCUGGAGUCGGACGGGCGAGGACCGUGGGCGGCAACGGUUGGCCGCCAACGUCGGUACUCGAAGCCGCAGACGGACGCCGCGACGUUUCCGUGGACACGAGGCAAGAAUGGGUCGGAGCGGCUAGCUCGCGCGCGCGCGUGUCUGGCGGCAAUUCUGCGAGGCUCUGAGAUCCCGCCGCCAGUCAGCGCCAUGUACGACAUGGCCACAUUGCCCGGCCGAGCGGGUGUAUUCCCGAUGGACACAGUCGGGGACGAAUUUCGGAAGAAGUGGACAGUCCCGAAGCAGAGAGUCUCGAAGGGCAAGGGGACAGUGGGGAUGGAGACGGGGACAGUCCUGACGGAGACCAUGGAGAGGGACCGCUCGGUAGCUGCGUACUGGGACAUGACGGCCCAUCUAUUGCAGGCGAUGGAUUUGACCUCGAGCGAAUUGGCCGAAUUCAUGCUCGAACAUUGGGACUGGCCGCGGAUCGAGCACGCCAUCAUGCCCCGGCUUAGGGGACCCCCGCUGCAGGCGCACUGUGCGGCGCGACCGCGCACCUUCCAGCAACUUAUCCUUCAACGAGUUCUGGAAACCGCCAACUUGCCGCCAACCGGCGAACACGUCGUUUCGGCGGGUCCGCUGCUUUGCAAGAAACGCACGGAUCGGUCGCUCCUCCUGGCCUUCGAAUGUCGCCCAGAUCUUCCUUCCAACAACCACCACACCCCCCUGGUUGACUGA